AUUUGUGUUCAUUUUGUGGUGUAAAACUUUUGAAUUCAUUUUUUACCUUUUUGAUUCCUUUGCAAUAUUUAGUUUAGUCUAGCUUACUUAACAGGGGUUGUAGUUUUUUUUAUAAACAUGUGUUUUACUAACUAAUUCGUAACUGCCAUUACGUAUCCUUCAAACUUGGGCUCAUAUUGAUAUGAUCAGAAUCAGAACAAAAUACCCUGGAACCUAUCAGGAUUUUAGCGAUAUCUGCAAGCAGAUUAUAAUGCCAAGGAAAAAAAAACAUCGCAAGCACGGCAAGAAUACGAAAUUUGGUGGAAGUUCUGUACUUGCCCAAUUAAGCAAGCCAUCAUCCUCCAAUAAAAUAGAUAAAAUAAAAUUACUUCAAAGUAACAGCAUGUCAGAUACAAUGGGCGAUGCAGGAGAUGCAGAAUACUCUACACCUUUACGACCCAUUCGCACCCGAAAAGAUUCAUUCGAAUUGGAUACACCAGCCAAAAAAUCUCAUGUCAAGGAGGAUGUUAUCUUAAGUAGUGCAAUCGAAUCCUCCGCUAAAUUGGACCCUUAUUUAAAUAAUACUUCCGUGGAAUUAACCCCUGUAAACAAGCGACGCAGCCUGAACAGACAGAAUGAAAUUCGACUAAAUGGUACUUGGAACACCACAAAUUUAAAUGUGUUAUUUGAUCUAGAUGCUGAAGUACAUGGCAAUCACAUUUCUUCAAUUAAAGAUAUUGACAAUAGGCCACGAUUUAGUUCCAGUAUUUCCAAAUUACAUUCUCCAGGUACGGAAAAGGUCUUGUCUUUUCAUAAGAGCACGCAAACAAUGGAUGAAGAUGAACUGAGACACGAAAUGAAACAUACCAUUACAGAAACCCCUAAACUACUACACAAAAAGUUAUCAGACAACAACUUAAAUUCGCAAGAAAUGGAUAAAAUAGUGAAUAAUUUGGCACAUGUUUCAAGCAGCACCAAAAUCUCGCAAAACGACAAACUUCAAGAAAUACACAUUAACCCUUAUUUGAAAGAAAAGGAUGCUGUAAAUCUGGAGAUAAACGCUCAAAUAUCCCGGUGGCAGAAGGAGAGAAGUGUAGACGACAUGUUUUAUUCGCCACAUCUAUUCGAUUUGAAAUCGAGCUCUACUCCCAUACAGGAGGAAAAGUUGUGCAAUUUAAAGGAAAGCGACGUGAUCGAGAAAAAUUUGGAGCCAUGUGUUAAAAAAUUAUUUAACAAUAAGCCAGUGAACGAGAUUGGACAUCACACACCUGGCUCAGCAAGGCUGAAAGACCAAUUUCUAAACAAUAGUGUUGAAUUGACGAGCCUUGUUGGAACUCCCCACAGGCUAGAAGACAUAAACUUAAACACUCCACCAGUCGCCGAAAAAGUUAUCAACAAGUAUAAGAGUAAUAGUUUUAAGCAACUGGGAAGUACCAAAAAGAAAACACCUCUGACUAUAAACAGAACGUCGCCUAGAAUUAAUAGACUGAGUUACUAUAGAACGUCUCCGAAAACAUUAUCGUUUGCAAAAUUAUCAAAUAGUCGCCGGUCAGCACUUAACAAUUCUUGUGAAAUGAGAUCAUCCACAAUACAACCGGGGAUGUUCGACAGGAUGGUAAAUAAAAUAAAAAGGUAUAGCAAAGCAUCGGCUAAAUGGAGCACAAAAGUAAUGGAUUCAUGCACUCAGUUGGGAAUUCAAAUUAAAAAUAGUUUUUCCACGAUUUGUCAGGUGGCUAACGAUAGAUCGAUGUUGGAAUGCUCUCAAAGUUCGUGCGACUUCGAAAUCUGCAAAAUGGAAAUUGAAAAUUUGAACAAAAAGCUAGACGAGGUCAAUGCGAAAAUUGCCAAGUUAAUGGAAGGUGGAAAAGAUGGAUUAAAACAUCUGGAAAAUAUGACGAAAUUGCAUGAAGAAAUGGAACAGAUGAAGCUAAAAUUAUCCAGCUACACCAGUCUCCGAACUGAACUGGACUCUAUGAAAAAAGAGAUACAAAGCAUAAAAUCCAGUGGACUGGUAGGCAUAGAACGCGCCUCUUCCUUGGCUCCUAUUGCCAUUCCCCCGCCUCCUCCACCACCUCCGCCGCCCAUGCCCGAGCCGCCCAAAGGACCUUCUAACAGGAUUUUAAUAAAAUCGAAAAGUACACUGGGGUGUUUAUCUAGCAGAGCGGAAGAUCGCCCAGUGAUCAGUUUAGAUGAAAUCCUGAAAGUGAAGUUGAAAAAACCUUCGGAGCGUCCAUCGGUAACCCCCCAGCGACGACCUAUGCCAGCUCUACAAGACGAUCAGUUCCAUCAUGUCAAAUUGCGGAGCAAAACCAUGGCUAAACAUUUUCCUAUAAGGAGUAACAGCUUUUCGUCCCCGAGUAGGAGCCGGGUUCAAUUGGUGCAGUCGACUAGCCCGGCGAGUAGCCUAAAUAGGCUCCUAGAGAACGGCUCCGUAUGGCCUAUGAAGAGGUUGAGGCGAGGCGGCUAUAGUUUUGAUUCUGUUCACAGAAAAUCUUUGAUGUCGCCUAGCAGGAGGGAAAGAACCCCAAGUUGAACUGAUCGCUGGCAAAUUCGUCAACUUGUAAAUAGUUAUUGGUAUUUCCCCCUCUUGAAUGUAAUUUUCAAUAUUGGCUAUAUCGUGUAUCCGAGACUUUAAUGGAAAUACUUUAGAGUUGAUAUUUUAGUCAUAGUCUUUUUUAUCAAACGCAAGAAACGAUUAUAUCUAAAAUAGAAAAUUUAUUUAUCACUUAGUUUUUCAUCAUAUGUUGCUUUUUAAAUAUUACUAGGUACAUAGUUUUAUUUUAUGAACUGUGGUUGAAAUUGCCUGAGAGCUUUAACAGUUUUUAAAUUUACAUUACUGUUAGCUUAUACUAUCUCGCAUCUAAUAGCUAAUUUGUAUUGAUUUUCGAUCUAAAUGAAGGUCAAUUUCCCCGCAGAAAUUGAUACGCAAUAUAUGCCAUAGGAUAGGAGUAUAUUAUUUUAUUUGUUGAUAUUCUUUUAUAUUUUAUAGACUCAGAUAAGGCUCUGGAUCCCUAUGUUGCAAAUUUUUUGUAAACUUGUGAUAUUUUCGCUUAUAUUCGCAUUGGAAAAAAUAAUUUAUAUAUUGAAUAUAUACUUAGUAUCUUU